UGGCUCGUCUGGGCUCGGUGCUGGUCUCCCUGCUGGUGUUGGGGAAGCAGGUUCGGGGAUUGGCAUCUGCAGGCGCGGAGCCGGAGCCCGGGCCUGCCGGGAAUGGAUGCGCUCGGGUUCCUCCGGCGCCACCGCCUCGCGCCGCGGCUCAGGGAGCCAGCAGGCAGCAGGCAGAGGCUGGCCGAGCCUGGGGCGCAGGGUGCCUCCUCCAGGGCAAUCGCUCCUCCAGCUCCUUCUUCUUCUCCGUAGCAGCAGCAGCAGCAGCAGCAGCAGCAGCAGCAGCAGCAGCAGCAGCAGCAGCAGCAGCAGCAGCAGCGUCGUCGUCCUUGAAGCCGCCAGUUGCAGCCAUCCCGGGCCCGGCGCGGCCGCCGCGGAUGUGGCCCCCCGGCUCCCCCGGGCCUCUGCACAAAGAAGCCUUCGCAGUUGCUGGAGAUCGAAGAAGCCGGAGUCUCCCAAGCUGUUCAGCCCUCACCCCGGCUACAGCAUGGAGAAGCCACUCGUUGCCGGGCUGGAGGGGGGCCCCAGCGCCCGGGCGCAGCUCGCUGUGGUCUGCUUGGUUAAUCUCUUCUUAACUGGGAGGCUCAGCAGUGCAGUUCCUUCCUUAGCUGCCUGCAGUGGGAAGCUGGAGCAGCACACGGAGCGGCGUGGAGUCAUCUACAGUCCAUCCUGGCCCCUCAACUAUCCCCCAGGCACCAACUGCAGCUGGUACAUCCAGGGGGACCAUGGGGACAUGAUCACCAUCAGUUUCAGAAACUUUGAUGUAGAAGAAUCCCACCAGUGCACCACGGAUUGGCUCAUGCUGGGACCAUCAUCUCGCCGGGAAGAUUACCGAAUCUGUGGUUCGGCCAUCCCCCCUGCCUUCAUCUCAGCCCGAGACCAUGUUUGGAUCUUUUUCCAUUCAGAUGCUUCCAGCUCAGGCCAGGCCCAGGGCUUCCGCCUGUCCUACAUCAGAGGAAAGCUGGGCCAAGCAGCUUGCCAACCAGAUGAAUUUCUCUGUGGCAAUGGCAAAUGCCUCCCAGGCCCUUGGCACUGCAAUGCCAUGGAUGAAUGUGGGGAUGGGUCAGAUGAGAAGAACUGCUCAAAUUUACCCACAGAGAUCCCAUCUAGCCUGUGCCCACCUGGCACAUUCCCCUGCAGUGGUGCCCGUUCCACCCGGUGCCUGCCCACUGAGCGGCGCUGUGAUGGAACUCAGGACUGUGGUGACAAUUCGGAUGAAGCCUACUGCCCUGAUCUUGCAUGUGGUAGGAGACUGGGCAACUUCUAUGGGUCAUUUGCCUCACCUGACCUCUUUGGGGCUGACCGUGGCUCUGAUGAUCUACAAUGCACAUGGCUCGUGGACACACAGGACGCCCGGCGUGUCCUCUUACAGCUGGAGCUGCAGCUGGGCUAUGAUGACUAUGUGCAAGUCUACGAUGGCCUUGGGGAGCGUGCAGACCGCCUGCUACAGACCCUCUCUUACCGCAGCAACCACCGCGUGGUCAGCGUGGAGGCCUCUGAGGGCCAGCUGACAGUGACUUACCAUGCUCGAGCCCAUAGUGUUGGCCAUGGCUUCAAUGCCACCUACCAGGUCAAGGGCUACUGCUUGCCUUGGGAGCAGCCGUGUGGGAGUGAUGAGGGCUGCUUUUCCGAGAUGCAGCGCUGUGAUGGCUGGUGGCACUGCCCAGGAGGGAAAGAUGAGGAGGGCUGUCCGGCCUGCCAGCAGGAUGAAUACCCGUGUGAGGGGGGCAGCGGGCUGUGCUAUGCACCUCCUGACCGCUGCAAUAACCAGAAGAAUUGUCCCGAUGGCUCUGAUGAGAAGAAUUGCUUCUCCUGCCAGCCAGGGACCUUCCACUGUGGCACCAAUCUGUGUGUCUUUGAGACAUGGCGCUGCGAUGGUCAGGAGGAUUGCCAAGAUGGCAGUGAUGAGCGGGACUGCUUGGCAGCAGUGCCUCGAAAGGUCAUCACUGCUGCCCUCAUUGGCAGCCUUGUCUGUGGACUCCUUCUUGUCAUUGCCCUUGGCUGCGCCUUCAAGCUCUACUCCCUGCGCACACAGGAGUACAGGGCAUUUGAGACUCAAAUGACUCGUCUAGAGGCUGAAUUUGUUCGACGAGAGGCCCCUCCAUCCUAUGGCCAACUCAUUGCCCAGGGCCUUAUCCCACCUGUGGAGGACUUCCCUGUCUACAAUGCAUCCCAGGCAUCAGUACUGCAGAACAUCAGGACAGCCAUGAGACGCCAGAUGCGGCGCCACACUUCUCGCCGGAGCGCCUCCCGCCGCCGCCUGGGCCGCAUCUGGAACAGACUGUUCCACCGACCCCGGGCGCGAGGGCAGAUCCCGCUGCUGACUCCAUCACGUGCCUCACAGACUGUUCUGGGGGAUGGGAUCAUUCGCCGGGCCGGGGGCACCUCCUCAAGCCCCCCUGCAUCCUCUACGGGGCCUCCCCCCAUCCCCCCAGAGACUGUAGGUCAGGUUGUGAGGGAGGGGCCACCAGAUGCUUCCAGCUGUACUCUGGUAACUGAAACAGAACCCUUGGGGUCCCCUGCCCCAGGCACCACAGCUCCUACUUGUGCAGCACAUGGCCUAGAGCCCAGGCACUUGAACAAGGAGCUCAGAGCCCCCGGCCAGGCUGAGCCAAGAAAGGCUUUCAGAGACCCCUUGUCAGAAAGUGUUGCUGAGAGGCUCCAAACCCAGGGUGACCCCCAUGGCACCAGUCCUCCCCCGCUGAGCGAGGGAUCAGGUCGGCUGCCCCUCAGGAAGCGGGAACCAGUCUGCUCGGGCAGCUCCCUGUGUCCACCCCAGACAUGCCAAGAGGAGCCCCUAGGUGUCCAUGGGCCAACUUCACCCCACUCCUUGCUUUCUGAUGCCAGUGAUGAUGAGUCCCUCCUGGUGUGCUGAUGUGGUCCCUGCUACAGUGGAAUGGCAGGAAGUGUCUCAAGUCUGACAGGUUGACCUCACGCUACUUGCAGUGACCGUUCCAGGGAGAGGUGACUGGACUAAACAUGGGUGGAUGGGGCCCCUGGUGGGCAUGUCAGCUGUCACCACCCAGUGUGGGAGAAUUCUCCUGCCCUUUACCACCUUUCCCAAUUCUCCUUGUCCGUGUUUUACAAUCAGGGAAUACAAGAUGAUUUUUACCCUUGUUAUGGUUUUCUUUCUUCCUUCCUUCCUUUCUUUUUCUUUUUUUCUCUC